AUGUUUCACAUCUCUCGUGCAGUGCGCUGCAACGCACUCGCCACCGCCAUCGCUGGCCGUACCGCGCUAAGUGACGCGAUACGCCAGGUGCAGAAGGUGUGGAAUCUUGACUUCAAGGAUGGACCGGCUACCACGAGCACGCUGGCGUUCAAUGACGAGCCUGACCCGGCCGCACCGAUCUUCCAUGUGCUCGAUUUGCAAGGCCGUGUCGUUGUGGAGGACACGGCGGACAGCGGAGCCCCUGCAGCAACGCCUUCAACCGUCGAUGAGGCUGGCAAAAUCGAACUGCAGAGCGCCGAGCUUGGGGAGGCAUUUCGCUACCAUGCAAAGGAUGAGACGAGCGUCAUCACUCGCGAGGUGGCGGAGCGCAUGAUGUCGGCGAUGCUGGCGCACAACACCAUGGAUAAGAUAAUGCUAGAGGCGCAGCGGCAAGGUCGCAUCUCCUUCUACAUGACGAUGUUCGGCGAGGAGGCCGCCGUGAUCGGCGCGGCGGCUGGGCUGGCCAGCAACGACGAGCUCUUCGCGCAGUACAGAGAGGCUGGUAUCCUGACGUACCGCGGCUACACUAUACCCGAGUUUAUCGCGCAGUGCAUGGGCAACUGCGAGUGCGAUUUGAAGGGCCGUCAGAUGCCCAUCCACUACGGCAGCAACCGUCUGCAUGCUCAGAUGGUUAGCUCCCCACUCGCCACGCAGAUCCCGCACGGCGCCGGCGCCGGCUACGCGUUCCGGUUAGAGAACCAGGCGCUGGAGAGGAGGCUGCCGGCUGGCACGCUGCUGUCGACGAUUCCGGAAGCGCGCAUCUGUGCCACCUUCUUCGGCGAGGGAGCCGCGAGCGAGGGCGACUUCCACGCGGGGCUGAACUUCGCUAGCACCGUCGGCUCGCACACCCUCUUCUUUGUGCGCAACAAUGGCUACGCCAUCUCCACCCCGACCCACAGCCAGUACAUGGGCGACGGCAUCUUGAGCCGUGCGGCAGGCUACGGCAUGCCAGCCGCCCGCGUCGACGGCCUCGAUGCGCUGGCGGUUUACCAUACGGUGCGCAAGGCACGUGAAAUGAUCCUGAACAACCACCGGCCCGUCCUGGUGGAGGCACUGACGUAUCGCCUCUCACACCACUCGACCUCGGACGACAGUACCGCGUACCGCUCGCGGGACGAGAUUGAGCACUUUGCAGAGACCUUUAGCCCCAUCGAGCGCUUCGAGCGCUUCAUGGCAGAGCGCGGUUGGUGGACGCCCGUGCAGUCGAAGGAGGUUGUCGAGAAGACCCGGAAAGAGGUGCUUAGCGAGCUGCGUCGGCAGGAGAAGCUGCCUGCAUGGCCGGUAUCGACCCUCUGCGAUGACGUCUUUGAGCAUAUGACGCCAGAGCUGGAGCGACAGAGGGCGCAGCUGGUGGAGCACUACGAGGCACACCGGUCCAUCUACGAUCAGGAGAAGCUUUAG